AUGAUGGACCCCUACAAUCUGGCCAUUUGCUUCGGUCCUACGUUGAUGCCAGCACCACCGGGGCUGGACCAGGUGGAGUACCAGACAAGCGUGAACGAGGUUGUGAAGACCUUCAUCGCACACCACACUGAGAUCUUCGAUCAGCAGGUGCCAGGCCCGCGUUACGAGAAGUACACGUACAUACCGCAGGUCCUAGCGCGACUGGCUGUUGAGGUGCAGCACAAUCGGCGUCUGGCGAUGACUGACAACUCAACGGCGACGGCAGAAGGUGGACAAGGCAGCGCUGAUGGAGCUUCCAGAGCCGGCCUCGUCGAGAAUCCUCCCUCCUCCACCGCUAUUGGCGUCAGCGACAGAGGCCGUCCCCGCAAUACUUCAGGUGGAUUGACAGACCUCAGUUCUUCCGUGGAUCAGCUCUCGCUGGACGAGGGUACAAUCGGAGAUCUCGCGGAAGGAGAAGAAGCUCUGCAAUCAGACACCGAAAGUGAAGGUAGGUAG